AUGUUUUGCAUCUGUGGAACGUUAAUCUAUGUGAAAUCGAACAGCACCAAAGUAGAAUGCUUGAGAUGUAAGAAAGAGAACUCCGUCGAUAUGAUAAGGCCCAUAUACACUGAGGUGGAGAUUAAAGGAGACUCUUGUAUCGAGGCUAUCGAUGUUUCUGGGGCCAAGAUCAAGCACCGAUGUCCUGCCUGUGGUGCCGAAGAGAUGAUGUACAAUACUGUACAGGUUAGAUCCACAGAUGAGGGUCAAACUGUUUUCUACUCCUGUGAGUGUGGGUACAAGUUCACUGUUCAAUCAUGA